UUUUGGUUAAAAAGUAAAGUUGGAAUCUCUUUCCUAAAUAAACUGAAGAAAAAACAUGGUUAGGCCACGAAGAUGAGGUGUUUCAGGUCAGCAACAGAAGUAAAGCUACAAUUAUAUGACAGGAGAUUUCUUACCAAUUGCCAUUCAUGAUACAUUUUGACUAUGAAAAACUUGGUAAACCAAUAGAUCUCUAUCCACGAGCUCAGUCAACAGACUCUUAAAAGAAGACCAGAUCGUAGAAGAAAUAAACAAUAUGUUAGUGCAGAAAAUGCUGACAGAAUAGGAAAAGCUAUUUUAUUUAUUACUCUAUUCUUGGGAAACUUGGGGCUUUUCAAGCGGCCGGUGAGUCUUCCUUUUCAUUCUGUAUCUAGUUAUUUGUCUUUUUUUUUACGAGUCCUGCAAAGCAUGGGCAAUAGCCAUCAGAGGAAAAAGAAGAGAAAGAACACGAGUAAAAGACACAAGCAAGAAGCAGGAAGUUCAGGACCAAGACUUCUCUCUGAAUUUGAAAGGAUUGCCAAUGAUUUGCUUAGAAAGGGCUAUAGCCUGGAUAAGACACUUAGCAUCUCCACCCACAGUUGUAAUGGAGUGAUUUUAACUUCAAGGGCAGUGAAACAAGGAAGAGGAUCAAGCACAAAUAUUGGAGCACGAUAUAAGUACAGGAAUGCUGCAAUUGAUGUAAACUUUAAUACAAAAUCAAGUGUUUCAACAACACUCACUCUUGGGGGUGAGUUUUUGCCAUCCACAAAUAUCAAAGCUUCAGUGAGAUUUCCUGAUUACAAUUCUAGCAAGCUCAACCUUCAAUUCCCUCAUCUCUGUAGAAAUGCUGCCUUAUCCAUCUCUGUAGGCCUAAGCCAAUCCCCUGAUGUAAUGCUUUCAGCAACUAUGGGGACUUCAAGCAUUGCGUUUGGAAUGGAGUUAAAAUACAAGACUGCUUCUCACAGGUUUACCCAGUAUGAUGCAGGCAUUUCAGUGACUAAGCCGAGUUGCAAUGCUUCGAUAAUUCUGUGUGUUGCUUCACUUGAAAUUGCAAACACCAUGAAGAAAUCCACCUUAUUUAUUAUCAAAAUUUGCAAGGGUUAGGAAUAAAUUUCUGUAAUUACCUUGUUGCUCCCAUUCUGAUGCUUAUCCGUUUAACAACUGACAACAACUGAUUCCUAGUUUAAGCUAAUAAUGAUAAAUGAAAUACCUUUUGCUGACAUAACAUUGCUAAAGUUGCAUCAUGUUAUUGGGGAAACUUCAGUGCUUGAUUCUUGAUUUGUAAAUUUCAGGGCUGAAAAGUGUGACCUUCUAAGACUGGCAUAUGCGCAUCAAUUUGGCCACUCAAGGAAGAUUUCUGCAGUGGCAGAGGUCACUAGGAGGUUGU